CCUACCUGUGUGCCGAUGACUUAAAAGUCAUCUAUAAAACUGACAUUUGCGAUUUACGCAGUACUAUGCAAACAAUCUAACAUGAACUCAACAUGGUAGAUGACUGGUGCAAACGCUGGAGGCUAGAGCUCAACAUAGAGAAAUGCGGCUGGUUAUGUAUAGGAGACACGUCUCUUAAAAUGAAACUAACAAUUAGCGAUCACACACUCCCCAGACUGGCAUCAGUAACUGACCUAGGGGUACAUUAUUCACACAGUCUUAAUUUCUCUGAACACAUCACAGCCAAAGCAUCCAAAAUGCGGAAAUUGCUUGGCUUCAUUCUCCGUAAUUUCUAUCAAAAUGAAUCUAAAAUCCUUCUUUACAAAGUUUGUGUAAGACCUAUCGUUGAAUACUGCUCGUUCUUAUUUUCCAACCUACGUCUAUCUGAUAUACUAAAGGUGGAAGGAAUACAACGAGACUUCACCCGCAAAGUACUUAAGACUGACUCGGUCAUUGACUACAGUUCUCGAUGCCAAAUCUUAGGAAUAGCACCCCUUUGGGAGAGAAGGCUUAGGUCUAAUUUGAUUCUCUACUUCAAACUACUCAAAAACCUUACUUAUUCAACAUGUCAGAUAAUUCUUGCCCGAGAUUCACAUGAAUACGAACUUCGAAACAAAGUAUCUACGGUCAAAGUUGAGAAAUACAGAUCAAAAACUCGGGAAAACUUCUUCCUCACCAAGUAUGCAAUAAUAUGGAACAGUCUUCCUUCCGAGACUCGCAUGGCAGAUGAACUACAUACGUUUGUGAAACUGCUUGAUCAAGCCCUCACUCGCACUGAUCUUGCACGUACGAACACAUCUGCACCCCACUCAGACAUCAUAGGCUCUCUCCAUGUCUAAACCAAAAUGGACUUCAAGUUCAGUUUGCCUUAUUUUUCCUACUUUGCAGUUGUAUUAAUUACUUUUUCCACCCCAUUUCUUUACUUGAAGUAGACAGGUAACUCACUGGACCUAUCAUUACUGUUAAACUAAACUCGGUUGAUAAGGGACACUCACUACCACCCUAAAAAGUCAAGAGGACCCCACAAUCGGCUGCCUACUACCAGUGGUCUUGCAUCUAUGGAACCUGUUACCAAUCAACUGGUUAAGACAACAGAAAAUAACAUCAGCACCAAGUUACUGUGAGUUCCUUCCUGUUUAUCCUAUAUUAACUUUUUACUCUUCUGUACACAAUGUUGACUAGCAAUUAAUAUUAUAUCUCCACUCGUUCCCUUAUCCACAACUCAUACUUCUAUACUUUUUCCGCCUGCUUAAAUAAACAACUAUCCUACAAUAUACCCUUCUUAACGCUUAUACUCUGUUUGGCAAACUAUACUUUAUACUAUAGUCAACAGAGGCACUGCAUCGAUGCUUUACCCACAGUCCACAGCUUGUAACUGCCUGAUAAGCUUGUAAAAUGGUACUUAUAGAAAUAGUGCUUUCCAACAAGUUGUGAAACAGAGGAUUGUGUGAGGUAUGACAUUUAUCAAAAAAUAAGCUUAAAUGAGCCUAACAUCACAAAAGGAGGGAGGGUGGAGUUACUGACCAGCAAGCAUUGAUGGUGAGGGCGAUAACUUCAAUCCACCCGUGUUUGUGGGGACAGAACAUUUUGUAUGUAUCAGGCUCUUUAUAAUUGAGAAUAAGACAGUCAAUCUAAGAUAUAGAUUGUCUUCCUACGCUCACCACUCAGACUCAUGUUUCCAAUAAUAUGCUGGAUUAGCUAUUCUACUAAGACAACCUAUAACAUGCUAACUCGGACUUUUACACUAGAAUUGCGUGGCUGACAUCGGAUGGACAAAAAAGAAAAGAAAAAAGACAAUAAAAGAUAUAGUCACUAGUAUUCUUAACACUUCACCCUCUAUAUACACACCCUUCUAAUAAACCGCUUCGCUUGUACCAACCUUGACUUCCCU